AUGAGCAAAAAAAAAGAUGCCCAAAACACUCUUCAAAACAAAGACUCCGCAAUAACUUCUGUCGAAACUGGAAUCUCCUUCAAGGAAGCUUUGGAACAGAUCAAAGUUGGAAUACUCCCGAAGGACUAUCCCAACACCGAUCCUACUACGGCUCAGUUAGAUUCCAUCCGAAAUUCUCUACUCACUGCAAUAGAAAGAAACGAGCCGGUUAAGCCCAAAUUUUUCAAUUGCUCGUAUAAGUCAGGUUAUCUAAUCCUUUCGUGCAAAGACCAUCAAACUUCGGAAUGGUUGAAGAAAGUGGUUCCCGGGAUAAUCCUAGACGACAACAUCAAACUGGUUGCUCUAGACGCUAAAAAUAUUCCGCGUCCAGAAAUUCUCCAUGCCUUUUUCCCACAAAGCGCAACAUUCAGCGACGAGAGACUCAAAAGCCUCAUUGAGAGUCAAAAUGAAAAUCUCUCCACCGAUAAAUGGCGAAUACUAAAGAGAUCCAAUCCCAACGAAAUUCACGCGGACUGGACGCUAACAGUCGACGAAGCUUCAAUGCGUAAACUAAUUAGCACAAACUUCAAUAAAAACUUCCAAUUUGGCGGAACAAAGCUGAGGAAAACAAAUCCAAAGCAGCGCCAAGUCAUAACCCAGAGACUAGUGACUCCAAAAUAG